GAGAGGAGGAAGCAGCAGCAGCAGGCUCUUACAGCAAGAUGAAGAAUUAGGCACGGGCGCAGAGGAAUCAGGCAGCUACCGUCGGAAACCGAAGAUCACAGAGAUUAAGGAAAGCACUCCCUGUCCCCCAGGUGUCUCCACCCAGCGGAUCAAUGAAAGAAGCCAUGCCGGUCCUUUCUGCAGGCGCAGGCCUCCAUGAAACACUGGCCCUGCUGACCUCCCAGCUACGCCCAGAUGCCAACCAUAAAGAGGACCUGGUCUUCCUCAAGGAAGUCUUCAGUGAGAAGAGCCUUGGUUACCUGAUGAAGAUUCACGAGAGGCUGCGACAGUAUGAGCGCCAGAGCCCGACUCCUGUUCUACACAGCGCCUCCUCCCUGGCGGAAGAUGUGGCAGAGGAGCUGCAGAGUGGACCAAUGAGCAGCGAUGAGAAGGAGCUUCUCCAGCUGCUGACUGCACCUCACCUGAAGGCCGUGCUCACAGUGCAUGACACGGUCGCUCAGAAGAACUUUGACCCUGUCCUGCCACCCCUGCCCGAUGACUUGGAUGACGAGCUGGAGGAGGAGUCUGUGAAAAUUGUUCGCUUGGUGAAGAACAAGGAGCCCCUGGGGGCAACCAUACGGCGAGAUGAAGCCACAGGCGCUGUGAUCGUGGCCAGGAUCAUGAGGGGAGGUGCCGCAGACCGUAGCGGUCUUGUGCACGUGGGAGACGAGCUCCGGGAAGUGAAUGGAAUUCUCAUCAUCCACAAAAGACCUGAUGAAAUCAGUCAGCUUCUGUCACAAUCACAAGGAUCAAUCACCCUCAAAAUAAUCCCUGCUCUCAAGGAGGAGGACAGACUGAGGGAGAGCAAGGUGUACAUGAGAGCCCUUUUUGACUACAUCCCCUCUGAAGACAAAGCCACACCCUGCCAGGAGGCAGGGCUUCCCUUCAAGCGUGGGGACAUCCUGCAGGUGGUCAGUCAGGAUGACAGCACCUGGUGGCAGGCCAAAAGGGUUGGGGACAGUAACCUACGUGCCGGGCUCAUCCCCUCCAAGCACUUCCAGGAGAAACGGUUGGCCUACAGGAUGAAAAUGGGCACACUUCAUAGCCCCAAGUCCCCUAAAGAACCCAUUUAUGACCAGGGUUGUGACAAAGAGGACUGUGACUGUGAGGGCUAUUUCAAUGGACAGUAUAUAGUUUCUCCAAAGUGUAAGCCAGUUGCGCCUUCCUGUGGCCAAGCAUUUUCCUGGGAGUUUUACACAGCUGGACUUCGCAGAAGCUUUCGUCUGAGCCGAAAGGACCGUCAGGGAUCCCCUGGAGAGGCCCAAACACCCGAGCCAAAGGAGCCAGAGUUCCUGACCUACGAGGAGGUCACGCGCUUUCAAGCACGCUCCAAUGAAAAGCCACGUCUGGUGGUGAUGAUUGGAUCCCUGGGCGCUCGGAUCAACGAGCUGAAGCAGCGGGUGAUUGCAGAGAACCCCCAGCGCUAUGGGGUGGCUGUGCCACACACUACCAGGCCUAAGAAGAGCCAUGAGAAAGAAGGAGUGGAGUACCACUUCGUCUCCAAACAGGCAUUUGAGGCAGAUGCACAGAACAACAAAUUCAUUGAGCAUGGAGAGUACAAGGAGAACCAGUAUGGCACCAGUCUUGAGGCCAUAUGCAGCGUGCUGGCCAGAAAUAAGCUUUGCCUGGUGGAUGUGCAGCCAGAGGCACUGAAAACGCUGCGCACUGCCGAGUUCAAGCCGUACGUGAUCUUCGUGAAGCCCCGGAUCCCCGAGAGCAGACGCCGCCGCAGUGCCGGCACCUCCCCUGGGGGCGGGGAGCAAGGCCGCAUCACGGAUGAGGACCUCCAGGAGAUGCGUCAGUCAGCACAGCUGAUCGACCAGCAGUACGGUCAUUUGGUGGACCGAAUCCUGGUGAAGGAGGACACGGCGACCGCUUGCACUGAGCUACGGAACAUUCUGGAAAGGCUCGAGCGGGAGGCCCAGUGGGUCCCUCUCAGCUGGGUUCGGACCUAGCCCCCUGCCGACAUGCCUGGGUUUGUGCACCAUGUGACCCCUUCCUCUGACUGCAUAAAGCAACCCCUCUUCACCUCUCUCCCACUCCCUGUGUUAACCUAAUCUCCAUUACCUUGAAACCAACAAAGGACAAGCCAACCCCAGACAAGCAGAAUGCAGGUGACACAGCCCUGGAGAAGACUUCACAACAAAUAAGGCUGGCAGUGGAGGUUCCGUAUUGUUCAAUGGAUGUUCUCGGCUCUGCAAAAGAAAGAGCUAAAAAGAAAGAAAAAAUAAGAAAAUGGGGGAAAAGUUGUUGGCUGUGACUGAGAGUCAAAGACACAACCAGGCGCGUGGGCCAGGGUUUUGUCACAACAUUUCCAUGACAAAACCUGAUGGAAAUGCUAUCACAGCUUUCCCUUUGUUUAAAGUAAUUUGACAGAUUGCAGAUAAUUUUAGUUUCCUUGUGUGACCACUGCAGUGCAGUACUCCCCCAUCUGUUUGCUCUCCUCGCAGCCCUGUUGGGAUGAGCCACAAACUGAUGCAUUCUCUGCGACGUGAAAUGGGUUGCCAUGGUGUGUAAAUUCGCCGCGCAUGCUUUGGCAUGCUGGCAGUGCUGUAACCUGCUCCUUCCUGUUUCCUCUCGCUGAUACCAGUGGGCUGUCAUGCCCCAGACUGCCAGAGUAUGGACCAAAAUCAACUGUCUGUCUGUUGUGUUUCUCAGAAGUCAAAUAAACAGGCAUAGUGCUGGUGUGACUAAGUUAAGGGAUACCAAGAACCUUUCGGUGGGGCUGCACUGAAGAGUUUAGCAUCACCGACAGCUCUUUUCCUGUAAUGAAAACUUGAUGUGACCACAUGGUGCUUCCCAGCCUUAAGACCACCUCAUGGGGAAAUUAGUCUUACUGGGAUCAGCACAUCUCUGUGUGAAAUGUGUUCCUCAAAAUAAGUGCUUUCAGUCCUUCCUGUCAAACCAUCCACUUCAGAACAUUCAAUGUAUGCUAUCCAACCUAAUUAAAUGUACAUGAUGAUACAGAUGGGACAGAUUAGAAAAUGUUGUAUUGGAGUCGAAAUAGACUUCAGUAUUGAAUCUUUUGAAUGUUUAGGCAGAAUUUACCUUGACAGUUCAGUGAUGUUGAGCAUUUGAGGUGUUUGUUCAAUUGCAUGACAUCCUGUCAGCUCGGAUUUACUUAAACUGGGCAAUGGGCAUCAGAUUUAAAUUUGAUUUUGCUUUGAGGCUACUUUUGAUAAUGUUUCUCAAGCUGUUAUAUUUCAAUAAUUUACUGACAUUCCUACGAGAUCAUAAUCGGUUACAUUAUUAUCAAACUUUAAUUUAAACGUAAAUAUAUAAAAUACCUAUGCUUGUGCAGAUACCUGAUUCAAAUGCAGAUAUUCAAAUGUUUGACCCAAAGAUUGGUUUGUGUGUACAUGUGUGUUGGUGUGUGCAUGGGUGUUAUAUGCACAUAAACAUGCUGAACAUAUCCUAUGAUGUACAGAACUGAAUACAUACGAAAGAUAGAUGUUCAUGAUAGAUCUGCUCUGCAGUCCCAUAUUCACAUUGUGCUGUUUACAGAGGUAAUUAUUUUUAAAUGAUUAAAUUAAAGAGUGAUAUGAAUCAAUUGGCUGCUAAUUGCUUUGCAAAUGGAGCCGAGUUGUCCAACCCAAUAAGAAGCCUGUUGAUUCUUUAAAGGUACAAUAAUUAAUUUAAUACUCCUAAUGGUCAAGAGAGGAAUUGCAGCAACAACACCCUCAAACCACAACAAUUUUCAACCAAUGAGCUUGAAUUAUUGUACAGCUGUGCAAUGUUUUGGUACAUGGUUUCGGUCCGUCAACUGCAUAUUUUGAAACCCAAAUUCAAGGUCUAUAAAAACAGGCAGAGGGUGAGUCAACAUGCGAGUCAGCCUUUUUCAAUGAUAGGAAGGGAUUAACAAUGGCCUUGUAACAAUGUUUUAGCACAAAAGACACAUAUUGUACCUUUAAUUUGAUCAGUUAAAAAUUGCCUCUCUUUAUGUAAUCAUUUGCAGUAUAGCACAAUGUGCAUUUCGGACUUUUUAUAUAGUAUGCAUAGCUACUGCACUUCUGACAUGUAGCUCAAAGGAAUACACCAACAUUUUGGGAAAAAUACUUUUUUUCCCCGACUCGGUUUCCAUGUUAGCAUAACAUGAUAGCUUAGCAUAAAUACUUGAAGCCUAUAGGAGUCAGUAACCUUCCUCCUUCAAAGUGAAGAAAUACACCUUACAGCAUCUCCGAAGCUGUGUUAUUUACACAAGGUGUUGUGUAUUUGAAAUACACGUGCGGGAAGAAAACGAGACAACAUUUUCUGAGAAGUUAAACGGUUGGAGAAUACACAUGUAUCUUUACAUCUUCCGCUGGUGCAGCGCAAUUAUUAUUGUCGUUGUUUUGCAUUAUAUAGCUCCAGCAGGCCUGGAAUUUAUUUUUAGGAGAUGGAAAAUUUUUUCAAUAACAGGAUUUGUUAUAGCUAUCGGUUAUUCAUUCAGUGUGACACAGUCUCUUCGUGUGCUUUCCUUUUUGCCAGAGAUAUCGAGCCUUCCCAUCGAUGGCAGCACCAAUUCCUACUCUUUCUGUGCAGCAAAGACAUUCGAUUACUGUAUGCAUAGGUUGGCAAGGCCCACAUUUACACCACCGAUCCUUGCCGUAUCUUUCUCCCCCCUCGGCCCCUUGCUGUUCCACUGGAUGCCUUCUUGCCCACUCAGCAUCCAAAAUCAGUAGUUCCUCAUCUCAACUCAGGCUCAAACAGAUAAAGUUCUGUAUCAUUGUCUGUCCAGAAGAAAUCAUUUUCAUCUGGUCUUACAAAGUGGGCCAAGAUCAGAAGUAAAGGUGUGCGGAUCACUGCACUCAAUCAGCGGAAGACGGGAGGAUACAUGUGUGUUCAGGCGGUUAUAGUUCCGUCUAACUUCAAAUGCACAUACCAUGCAUAAAUAGGACUACUUUAGAGUUGUGUAUUUCUUCACUUUGAAGGAGGUAGGCUACUGACUCCUAUAGGCUUCAAAUCUUUAUGCUAAGCCAACAUGUUAUACUAACUAUACUGUGCAAUAAUCCAAAGUGGACAAAUAUCCCUUACAUCAAAAUGUUCUACAGCCUUACAUAUUGUUCUGCUGUUUUAAAAAGAACCUAUUCCAAUUCGAUAAAACCUUCUGCAAUGAUUAUGAAAUAUCCAUUUGGUGCAAACAUCAGUCCACAAUCACAAGUAGGGCAGAAUUGCACAGAGAAUCAUUGUGGUUCAUCUUGGUCCAAUGCCCAUAGUAGGUAGUAUUACUGUAUUCGACACCAGGCUGCACUGUACUUACAGAAUUUUUUUUUAUGUGUGUCAACUAAUAACAUGCACAGUUUGUUGUUCCUUUCUUUGAGAACAGCUAUUAUAUGUUAUUCUGUAUCCAAAAGGAGUUUCGGAAGUCCCAAAUUAUACUAUAGUCCAUGUCAUGAUAAACCUGGUGGGCUUUCUGUAGAAUUUUGUUCGAUUCCACUUAAGGAAAAGCAAGAUUUCAGCUUGCAACUAUAAACAGUGAUUAUGAAACAAAAUAGUCUAUAUGUCAAGCAUGCCAAACCUCUUUACUUUGAAAACCAGAUGGGCAUUAUAGAGAUCCCAAGAAGCAAUCUCAACAGAAGAUUCAAAGGUGCCUGUCCAAGGGACUGAAGAGUGAAGCUGUUUCUGCAAGCACAGCAGUUAUGCACGAAUUGCAAAUGGAGAAACAGCCUGAUGAUUUUGGUUUUGUGGUCAUCAUAUCACAAAUGGAAAGUACCAAGAAAGUGUUCCUCUGUUACUCUGGUCUUACAUGCUGGGAGCUGGGAGAGUCUUUCCCGUUUUAACCCUGGGCUAUGUAUUUUUCAAGGUGUAGAAAUUGUACAUCAGAUUUCCAUGGUAUUUAAACAUUUUAACUGAUGAAACAAAAUUGUGAUAACUGAACUUUAAGAACAAAAAUAUUCACAUAAGAUUAUUAUUGAAAUAUGAAUCUUGCCUAAUAAGAAUGGGAGAUGCAUACAAAACCUUCAGAAAAUGUAUGUCAUGCAUUAAGUCUUGCAAUAAAAGAAUCUAUGUAGUAGUAA